GUGACCUAACCCGCCUUCAGACCGCCAUCAGGCCAGCUACAGGGGACAGAAAUGGCAUCUUUCACGCCAGUCCUCCCCUUGGGCGCCUUGCAGGGGUUCAACGCAUCCCUUCAUGACCUUCCCUCGCCCACGCAAGAGGGUCCAGUGGCAGCUUCCAGGGUCUACGAGGCGCAUAUGCUGGGCUGGAACACUCCGCUGGAAUAUAUGGAAUUUGUUCACCCAUACUGGAAAACUUUCGAGGCGCCUAACCCUUUCCUGCACUACAUGCUUGCUGUUUUUUACAUCUUCUUCAUGUUUGCGGCCCUUGUUGGGAACGGCGUUGUCAUAUGGGUGUUUACAAGUGCCAAGAGUCUGCGAACCCCUUCCAACAUGUUUGUCAUCAACUUGGCCCUACUGGACUUCAUAAUGAUGGUAAAAACGCCAGUAUUUAUCGUCAACUCCUUCAAUGAGGGUCCAGUUUGGGGGAAGCUGGGGUGCGAUGUGUUUGCGCUGCUGGGGAGCUACUCUGGAAUCGGAGGAGCAAUGACAAAUGCUGCUAUUGCUUACGAUCGAUACAAGACUAUUGCUAAGCCCUUUGAAGCGAAGAUGUCCAAGGUAAAGGCGUUCCUCAUGGUACUUGGUGUUUGGAUCUACGCUACCCCAUGGUGUUUACUCCCUCUGUUUGGUGUUUGGGGGCGCUUUGUCCCAGAGGGCUUCCUGACGACCUGCAGCUUCGAUUACCUGACGGAGACUUUCGAGAACAGAGCUUUCGUCGCCGCCAUUUUCUUUUUCGCUUACAUCAUCCCGGGAUUAAUGAUUGUUUACUUCUACAGUCAAAUAUAUGGACACGUGCGCGCGCAUGAGAGAGCCAUGAGGGAGCAGGCAAAGAAAAUGAAUGUAGAGAAUUUGCGGAGCGUUGGCAAGGAGGACCAAGAGAAAUCAGCUGAGAUACGUAUUGCAAAAGUGUGUAUGGGCCUGUUCUUCAUGUUCCUCGUAUCCUGGACCCCCUACGCAGUUGUGGCCCUCAUUGGCGCAUUUGGAAACAGGUCUGUGUUGACUCCUCUCGUCUCAAUGCUCCCCGCUCUUAACUGCAAAUUCGUGGCAUGCAUUGAUCCGUGGGUUUACGCAAUUAACCACCCACGCUACAGGUUGGAGUUACAGAAGAGAAUGCCUUGGUUUUGUAUACAUGAGGAUAAACCAGUUGAAAAUACAUCUCAAGCAUCUACUGAGAAACCUUAAUAUACUACUACUACUACUACUACUACUGCUGCCACUCACAAAGGAUCUCUGUUUGACGCACCCAGGCAUAAUGGAGGAUUGUUCAACCUUCCUAACUGAUUCCUGAACACUUGUAAACAUUCCUAGUUGGUUCCUGACUCGUAAAUGUUGUUAAUUUAUUUCCCUAUCUGAUUCCUAGACCCUCCUAACUAUUCUAACUCAUUCCUAACCUAAAUACUCCUAACUGUCUUCUAAUGCUCCUGAAAACUCCUAACUUGUUCCUAAAUGCUUGUUUCCUGGCUCUGAGUAUGUUUGUUUGUUUGUUUGUUUGUUUGUUUAUUUGUUUGUUUGUUUGUUUGUUUGUUUCGUGUUUUUAAUGUUAUUUUUCUUAAUUUUUUGAGGUCUUGUUUGUUUAUUUUUUUUCGUUUUGUUUUUAUUUUGCUUUUCUUUGCCUUGUUUGUUUCGCCUCAAGUCGGUAGGUGGGUCUCUCUCUCUCUCUCUCUCUCUCUCUCUCUCUCUCUCUCUCUCUCUCUCUCUCUCUCUCUCUCUCUGGUACAAUAUUUAGUAAUUUAAAAACAAAGAAAAGGCACCGAAUUUUUGCCGACAAAAUUCAUACAAUGAAAAAAAAAAAAAGUAAUCUCUUGUUUCUUUGUUACUUACAAUUUAUGCUACAAUUCAAUGUGUAUAUUUAAUUUCAUCCAAUAUUUAUUUAUUCAUCUCAGUUCGGGACAAAAUGUACAAAUCUAGAAACAUGAGUGACCGAUGUUUUGCCGAAAAAAAUUUACAUGAAAAAAAUAAAAAACGUAUUUAAAAACAAUACAAAACAAUACAAAACAGAAGAAAAAAAAAUCAAUAAUUUUUCUCUUCUUUUCUUUUAAUGUUUUUCACUGAGAGGGAACAGACACACAAUCAGAAAUAAAAAGAAAAACAAAAAUAUUACUUUUCUACUCUCUCUCUCUCUCUCUCUCUCUCUCUCUCUCUCUCUCUCUCUCUCUCUCUCUCUCUCUCUCUCUCUCUCUCUCUCAAUA